GGCAUGAUAUAAGUGAUGUGAAGAGUCGCACAUCCACAGGGUCAGGGCUUUGCAGUCCUUUGCAGCUUUAAUAUAUACUAUGAGAGAUAGGACUUUUGACAUAGAAUGAGUUGAAAUUGUUUAAUUAACUGUGAGUUGUUACUGGUACCAACAAGUAUUUUGAUAAAAUAAGUGAUCAUAAAAGUGAAGGGAAUUCUUCCUCAGAGCGACACUCCUCUGAUGUGUGUGUGGGAAAUGUAGGAACCAGUGUUCUAGUGUCAGUUCACUAGUUUAGUGUACCUGACUUGAACAACAUUGCUGAUGACCAGCCGGUGUUGCUGCCUUGUGUGAUUGGGCGUUGCAGCGUGAUGCUGGGUUGUGUUUCUCUUGAGUCCAUUCUGUUUUAACUUUUCACUGCUGGGCUAUGUGUUUUCUUUUCUGUAACCCCUUUGGUUCACAGAGCCGCAGCCUAAACACACUACCCACACAGUAAAUGAAUGUGUUGUGUUUUCAUUGCAGUGGCUGAUGAGGAUGUAGUACAAUGUACUGUACCUGAUUCUGAUUUUAGACAUCAAUUUUCAGUUUCAUUUUUUCUAUAUUAGUUGUAAAUAUAUUUGUGUUGCCAAAGCAUACCAAGGAAAAUAAAAAGUAAAAGAGAUUUAUUUAUUCUGUAGUUAAAGAUUUAUGGAUUGUAACUGUGAAAGAAAAUAUUGAUGGACGUGAGACCUCCAUGAGAGGCAAGUAGAGUCUUGGAGCCUCCUAUUGGUGGCUCAACUGCACUGCAACUCAGAAACUUAAUCUGUAGUGAUGAAGGUCCUAAAAAGCCACAAAGUGUCUCCCAGAAGGCAUAUUUCACAGCAGACAUUUGGCAAGCCACAGAAGGAGAAGCGAGAGUGUACAAAAAUGAAGUUAAUUAUGGCUGAAUAAAUUCUUGUUGUCUAAUCUGUAACACCGUCUGGAGAGAAGAUGAAUGGGGACUUUCCACUCGUAGAACCAGUACUCCCCACUUUUCCCUCUGCAUGUGAUCACUAUUUUUUUGGAUUUAUCUGUCUGUAUCUCAGGUGGUCACCUGGCUUCAGGGUCCAGUUUCAGAGCUGUUGAAGACCCAACACGAGAUCAGAGACUCAAUGCGAGCUGCUCAGUCCCUGCAGCAGAAACACGAGGAGAUUGAGAGCCAGCACAGUGAGUGGUUUGCAGUGUACGUGGAGCUGAACCAGCAGAUUGCUGCCCUGCUCAGUGCCGGGGAGGAGGAGGAAGUAGUGGAGCUGAAGGCGCUGCAGCAGCAGCUGAGUGAUGUCUGCUGCCGGCAGGCGGCUCAGCUGGAGGGCCGACAGAACAUCCUUCAGGCAGCACACAGCUUCCACAGCACCACACAGGAGUUGUCCCAGCAGUUGGACGGUCUACUGGGCAUGCUCUGUGCUGACGUGGCUCCAGCUGAUGGCGCUUCAAUUCAACAAAACCUCAAACUGUUGGAGGAGAAGCUGCAGACUGUUGGUUUGUGCUCUGAAAGAUAAAUCUUUUCCUCUAAAAUGAUAGCACUUAUUGUGAUGUUUAUUAAGUGGGUGCAUCUACGGUGAAACAUUGUUAAGUGAUGGGGGUAGUAAAGUUCCUCUGUGUCAUUAACCGUCUCCACUCCACACAGAGGCAGGUCUGGCUUCUCUGCGUCAGAAGGGGGGGCUGUUGCUUGAGCAGAUGUGCAGCCAGCCGUCAUGGUCUCUGGAGGAAACCGAGAGUCCAGCCGGAGAACAGCAGGACAAUGUUCAGCACAUCCAGGGUGUGAUGGAGGAGAUGCAGCUCCGCAAGCAGAGGUGUGAGGACAUGGUGGAUGUGAGGAGGCUGAAGAUGCUGCAGAUGGUUCAGUUGUUCAAAUGUGAAGAAGAUGCUUUACAGGCAGUAAAGUGACCUGGUGAGUUGUUGGACACCCUGUUGAAGACUCAUGUCAGACUGGGCGACAAUGCUCAGGAGACCAGGAACAUGUUGGACAAACA